CACAUCUCUCUUAAAGUCUCUGGUCAAAUGGGAAAUUGUGUAAGAAGCAAUCUUAGAGACAUCAGAGGAAGACGAUCGAUGGAUCCUCGGAUAUGGCACAAAGUCGCAGCUAUUUCCGGUAUGGCUGCUCUUGGUUUGGGAACUUAUGGCGCUCAUGUCUUUAAACCAGAAAACCCUUCUUACAAACAGGUGUGGCAAACGGCUUCUCUUUACCAUUUGGUUCACACUGCUGCUCUUGUUUCUGCUCCUAGUACCAAAUAUCCCAACAUUUUUGGUGGCUUGUUGACUGCUGGGAUUGUAGCCUUUUCCGGCACGUGUUAUAUGGUAGCGCUGCGUGAGGACAGAAAGUUUUCUACCUUGGCACCAUUCGGAGGCUUUGCGUUCAUUGCUGCAUGGGCAACUUUACUUUUCUAAACAAUCUCAAAACCAUCUAUAAGGUCAAGUUGUGGUCAAGCUUAUCCUACAUAUGAACUCACUGUUUUUUCCCUAAGAGAUUGCUUAAUACAAUACCGUGUCGACAAACAUAAAUCAUCUUCCUUUACUUAUUCACUUUGUUGCUAAAGGGAUUAUGUAAAUGACCAGAAUAAUGUAAUCUUAUUACCAUACAAAUUAUCAAAAUUCUACAUUAGAGAAA